AUGAAGACGACACUCGCUGUGCUCCUAAUCAUGGAGCUCUACGGACUCUCCUCUGGUCUCAAACAACAUUUCUUUGUGAAUGAGAAUAAGAAAUGGUGUAGUGCACAACAGCACUGCAAAACUUAUUUUCAUGUCCUUUCCACCUUCGUCAAUGACUCUGAGGAACAGCAAUUUUUAGCUAAUGCAUCUACUCAAAUGUUUAAUGCCUGGGUUGGACUCUACAAAAAGCCCGAAAUAGGAGUCUGGAAGUGGACAGGAGGUAUAGAUGCUGAACAACUUAGCUGGGAUACUGAUAUGGGACAACCAAAUAACCUUACCAAUGAAAACUGUGGCUUUCUAUACAAAAACACUAAGAAAUUACAUGAUGAAACAUGCAGUUCGCAACAAUACUUUUUCUGUAUGACAAACUUCACUCUGGUGCCGCAGAUGGAGACCUGGGAUGGAGCUCUGGAAUACUGCAGAACUCAUUAUAAAGAUCUGGCAAGUCUGAGCACAAUGGAAAGAAUGAAUUCUGCUUUACUGGAAAUCACACAGGCUGAAACAGAAUAUGUGUGGACUGGUCUGCGUUUUCUAGCAGGGGACUGGUUCUGGGUCAAUGGAGAUAAUGUUAACUACACAGCCUGGUAUCAGAACGAACAGCCCCAGUGUCCUGCCAGACACCUUCAUUGCGGAGCCCUGGACAAGCAAACAAGGGUUUGGACACAAAGAAACUGUGAGGAGAAGUACAGCUUCUUUUGUCAGUAG